AUGUUCCAAAGGCGGUUUUGCAAAGUCCUAGCAACGACUAUGAAUGAUAGCGACUCCUCAGAUUUGUCCUCCUAUGCAAGUGAAUCAUCUUCCGAUGCGUUCGAAACUAAUUUGAACGCAUCAAACGAUGCACGAUCUAAUACACCUCGUGAUUCGGUCAUACAGAAGUUACCUGCAAGACAAAAGUCUAAUGAUGAAUCCGUAGUGCCUUUUGCAACCAUUAAAGUCGAGUCACAAAUGAUAGUUGAAGGUGAUGCACUAACCGUUAAAAUAUCACCCGAUAAAUUGGCUUAUGCAGUUGGAUUAUCAAAUGGUGUUAUCAGGAUAUUCUUUGUUGAUAAACAAAUAAACGAGAAUAACGUCAUUGCAUUGAAAUCCCCUAAAGAGAAGCUUCCAUGCAAUGACAUGUGUUUUAUCGAUAGUUCAUCAAAACCCUUCUCAAAAAAGAGUCCAAAUCUUCUGGCUGUUUACUCUUCUGGCUACAUCAGACUAUGGGACUGCUUCAAUCAAGUGGCACAAGCGACCAUGAUUUUUGAGGUUUUUGAGAGCGCAGACCCUUGCGACUUCAACCUUAUCAGUGAAGAAGGUACCGUUGCGAAUGAACUCUUGUGUGUAGCAUUGUCAAUGGAUGCAACACGCUUUGUAACUGGCGGAAGUGACACUAUUAUCAAGGUUUACGACCUGACGACGCGACUACGCCUCUUAAACUUAAAAUCGGGAUCGAGAACCUAUCUAACAAAGGAGUGUACACAUCACACAAGUCGUAUAUCCGCCUUGGUUUAUCAUCCCAGAGGAAAAAACGACCCGAUGUAUAGUCACAUCUUCGUUUCAGCUAGUUGGGACCAAACAAUACAGAUAUGGGAUGACCGAAAAGUAGCAUCUCUUUGGCAUUACUAUGGUCCACAAGUUGUGGGUUCGGAUGGAUUGGACAUAGACGGCAUGCAAAAUAUUAUUGUAGCCGCUUCAUGGGUCCGCAGUGGCGUUAUGUUAAAAAUGUGGAAAUUUGCAGAUUUCUCCAUUACUGGAAGCUCACUAGCUGCGAAACGCAAGAUUCUUCAAAAUUACAGCAAACCCGUAAAUGAAGUGGCGCUUGAAGGUUCUGAAUCUACAACCCAGGGAUAUGUUGCUCGUAUAGGUGGAGAAGGUCGCUACAUCUUCUACGCCGGUUACGGAAUGAACAUCCUCAAAGUAAUCGAUCGUGAAAGCAUGAGUAUCGUCACAGGUCUGACCGAUCUUCCAAAUGCAGUCUACAGCCUGGACUCCUGCCUCGACCCCCGGGACAAGCGGCGGUGCCUGCUCGUCUUCACCAAUACAAAAAAUGUCUACCUGGCUUCAGUGCAGUCGAGAUCGACUUUCCUGGAAGUUUCUACAGCGUAA